AUGUCGAUUCGGCCGCUGUUGCUGCCGGAGCCGCCGGGCGAGGUGGAUCGGGCGCCGGAGAUCUUCGCGGGUGGCGUGGCCGCGGUGCGCCGCGCAGUCGUCAUCGGGAACGGCUGCGCCGGCGCCGAGAACCAGUGCCUCGGCCUCGUCCGCGCCCUCGGCCUGGCCGACCGCCUCACGCUCUACCGUAUUAUCAGGCCAACCGGAGGAAUCAACAAGUGGCUGCACUUUCUCCCUAUCUCCUUGCAUAAAAUGGUGGACCAAGUACUCAGACAUAUACUGUCUAACACGACAUUCACAACACUGUUUCAAGGAAAACUGUCAGCACCUUAUCCUGUCAGUAAUGUUCAAUCUCUUGGAUUGUCUUCUAUACUAGAAGCAGAUUCCAAAAGGAUAGUGACAAUGGUCCGUGAUACCUUCGAGAAGGAAGGCCUGGCCAUAGUUGUUGCUUGUGGCCGUGAUACCAUACCAUAUGCAAGCUCUGUAAGGUGUUUAGCUCCAGAUAAUGUCUUUGUCAUUCAGAUACAACACCCCAGGUAUCGCCUUGAUAGGUUCGAUUUGGUGGUGACUCCUCGCCAUGAUUACUACGCUUUAACUGCAAAGGGACAACAAGAAGUACCGUGGCUUUUCCGGAGAUGGAUUACUCCACGAGAACCACCCGGUCCGAAUGUGGUCCUGACAUCUGGAGCACUUCACCAAGCAGAUUCUGCUGCACUACGCAUUGCUGCUACAAACUGGCAUGAUGAACUUGCUCCCUUGCCAAAGCCAUUGGUAGUAGUAAAUAUUGGAGGACCAACAAGAAACUGUAAUUAUGGUGUAGACCUUGCCAAGCAGUUGGUAAGCUCACUGCACAAUGUUUCAGAGACCUGUGGAAGUGUCAGAAUUUCAUUUUCCAGGAGAACACCACAAAAGGUGUCCGAUCUUAUAUUGAGAGAGUUCAGCACACAUCCAAAGUUCUACAUUUGGGGUGGUGAAGCCGAAUUUUCAUAUGCUGCAGAACCUAACCCACACCUAGGGCAUCUUGCAUGGGCCGAUGCUUUCAUCAUAACAGCAGACUCGAUAAGUAUGCUAAGUGAGGCGUGCAGCACUGGGAAGCCGGUCUAUGUUGUUGGAACUGAGCAUUGCAGGUGGAAAUUCUCAGAUUUCCACAACACUCUGCAGAAACGAGGGGCUGUUCGUCCUUUAACUGGAUCGGAAGAUAUGUCAGACAGCUGGAGCUACCCUCCUCUGAACGAUGCCAUUGAUGUGGCUGCACGGGUUCGUGAAGUGCUUGCACAACGUGGAUGGACAGUGGGUUAA